AUGGGACUCGCUAGGCCACGCUCCUUAAAGGCGGAUAUCGGCACCAAUUCUACAGUCGUAUUUCAUUUCUAGCCCGGUCAUGGCGGCCCGCCCCGUCUCCUCGGCGAUGCCUCGGCCCGCCGUCCGAGAUGGGCCCUUCAGCAAGGAGCGGGAGCCUCCGCUGCCGCUCUGCCCCUCCCCUUCCCGGCGCCGCCCCGCCCUCUCGCUGCCCGACGUGUGCCCCAAAGAGCCCACCGGCGAUGGGCGGGGCCUGCGCGAGGGACCGUCGGUGGUCUCGGAGCACGACCGCUGGACGGUUUACAGUUCCAAGGUCAACCUGCCGGCGGCGCUCAACGACCCGAGGCUGGCCAAACGCGAGUCGGACUUCUUCACCAAGACCUGGGGUCUGGAUUUUGGCGAGACGGAGGUGAUGCCGUCCUUCUGCCUCGGCAACGUCACGCCGGAGCACUUUGGCGCGUACCUGCAGGAGAGCGCGCAGAGGGAAAAAAUCCACAAGCGAUGCAAGGCUCUUUGUCCAAUCAAAGAGGACUUUGUGGACACCAUCUGCAGCACCAGCACCAACCAAGCAGAUAAGUCAAGAGCCGAGUUGGAGCAAGUCCCCAAGAUGUUCCUGAAGCCCGACUUUGCCCUGGAGGAGCCGUCGACCUUCGACGCCGUCCUGCCGUGGUCGCACUUCAACAGCGGCGGCGGCGGCCGCAGCAGCCGCGACGUGGCGUCCUCCAAACUGCUUCAGGAGAAGCUGAGUCACUACCUGGACGUGGUGGAGGUGAGCAUCGCGCGGCAGAUCUCGCUGCGCUCGGAGGCCUUCUUCCACGCCAUGUCGUCGCAGCACGAGCUGCGCGACCGCCUGAGGGAGACGCAGGAGGCGGUGGCCGCGCUGCGGCGCCGCACCGCCGCCAUCGACCGCGUCAUGUGCCGGGGCCCCCUGGCGGCCCUGCGCGCCGCCCUCGCGCGCAACAACUGCGUCAAGCUGCACGGCAAGCUGAAGCUGAUGGCCGCCGUGCACCAGACGCAGCCCACCGUGCAGCUGCUGCUCUCCACGUCCGAGUUUGUGGGCGCGCUGGAGCUCAUCGCCACCACCAAGGAGGUCCUGCAGCAGGAGCUGCAAGGCAUCCACAGCUUCAGGCAUCUGGGCUCUCAGCUGUGCGAGCUGGAGAAGCUGAUUGACAAGAUGAUGGUGGAGGACUUCAGCAUGUACGCGCGCAGCGAGCUCAGCCGCAACCCGAGGGACGACACGCAGCUCCUGGAGAAGGAGCGUCUUCAGUCGCUGGUGUUUGGCCUGCUGCGCCAGAGGAAGUUGGACUUUUUGGACAUUUACGGCGACGAGAUGAUGGCGGCGGCCAAGGCCGUCGUGUCCCAGUGCGUCGCUGAGCGACUCCUGUCCAUUGACGACAUCGACACGGAAGUCGUCACCAAGUUGGCCGAGCAGAUGCGUCUGAUGACCUUCCCUCAGUGGUUUGACCUCGUCAAGGACGUCUUUGAGUGCUUCCUGCUUUUCCUCCGCAGGAUGAAGGCCACCCUCGGCGUGAUCCGGUUGGUGGUCUUGGAAGUUCUGGAGUCCACCCAGAAGACUUCCUCGGCGGGGAGGUCCCACCCGGAGCGCUGUCAGCCUCACGAGGCGGCGUCCGGCAUGUGCGGGGACGUCGCCGAGUUGGCCUACCUCACGCACGACGGCCCAUUUAUCAGCGACGCCCUCCACGACGCCCACCAAGCCAGAGCCGCCGCGCGCUCUGGGUCGCCGGGCGCCGACUCGGCAUCCGGAGAGCAGAACUUCACGUACAACACUGCCGAUGACACGAUACCAUCUGACUUGGAAUUGAACCGUUUGCUGAACAACAUCCAGGAGCUUCUGCACGCCGCCUCCGACAUCAGCCACGAUUGCUGUGUCAAGCUCCUCACUGCCAGAGCCAAGGACGGCUCUCUGGAGCGUAUCACUUCGUCCGAGUUUGUGGAUCUCUCCGUGGCGGUGGAGUCCUUCGCCGAGGAGACGGAGGAGCUGUGCGGCAGGCGCAGCGUGUCCCUGCGGGGGGCGCUGCAGAGUCAGGCCGACCGCUUCGUCCACCGCUUCCACGAGGAGCGCAAGACCAAACUCAGUCUCCUGCUGGAUAACGAGCGCUGGAAGCAGGCGGAGGUUCCCGCCGAGUUUCAGGAGCUGGCGGACUCCAUGGCGGGCGGCACCAUUGCGCUGGCGGCGCACAAAGCGGCAGGUCCAGAUGAAAGGAAGCCGGCCGACUUCUUGGUCGUGAAGGGCCACAAAUACGCCGUGGUGGGCACGGUGCUGCUUCUCAUCCGGAUCCUUCUGGAAUACUGCCAGUGUGUCAACGACAUCCCGGCGAUCGCCACCGACAUGUUGACGCGUCUGGCUGACCUCCUCAAGCACUUCAACUCACGCAGCUGUCAGCUGGUUCUCGGUGCAGGAGCGCUGCAGGUGGUCGGCCUCAAGACCAUCACCACCAAAAACCUCGCGUUAGCAUCACGCUGCCUGCAGCUGGUGAUGUUCUACAUUCCCGUCAUCAGGCGACAUUUUGAGAGCAAACUGCAGCCCAAACAUGCGAACGUCCUCAGGCACUUUGACCACAUCACCAAGGACUACAACGACCACGUAGCCGAGAUCUGGGCCAAGCUGGUGGCCAUCAUGGACGGCAUCUUUGAGAAGGUUCUGACCAAGUAUGAGGUGAAGGCCCCGAUGCCGUCGUCGUGUUUCCGCAACGUGUGCAAGCAGAUGGUCAAGAUGCACGAGGCCAUCAACGACCUCCUGCCGCCUGAGCAGACGCAGAUGCUAUUUGACCGGAUCAACCUCAGCUUGAAGAUGAACCUGAAGAGGCAGCUGAUUCGACUCGGCGUCGUCAACGACGGCGGGCCACAGCACGGGCUGGUGGUGGUGGACGUGGCCUUCUACACGGAGAACGUGCAGGCCCUCAAGAACCUCGAGACUUUGGACCUCAACAUGGCCGAGAUCUGGGAGCAGAAGAGGUGACCCUCCGCCGACGCUGCCGUUAACAGAAACAAGAUGGCGGACGAGCGGCGACGUCCUUGACGGGAAAAGCCGUCUGAGCGCUCGGCGGAUGUGCGGAAGCUCAACGUCUGGGAGACUCUGUGCCCUCCCGUGUAAAGACAAUCCAGUGCCGCGAGUAGAACGACAACAUUUUUGCUCCGCUACAAGCGUCACUUUUGGCCUACUCGUGCGAUUAGUAUGAACGAGUCCAAAAAUUCAAUAUCCCGCUUAGGGUCCAGGUAAUAGUACGCUCUUUGUCCUCAAUAGUAGGACAACAGCACUACUAGCGAGCCAAAGCCGCACUAAUUGACAACUGUGUGCUACGACUCCUCGUGAACAUGUCAACUCGUGAGAUGUGACCAAGUAGCACAUAAUUUAGCAACUAGUUGCCCACUGACCAUGUGACCUUAGCAAAAAGAAUUCCCCAAUUUUGGAGAACCACCCUCCACCCCUCCCGGAGAGACUGUUGUCAUGACAACACAGGACACACCCCCAUCAAGAAGCUGAGGACCAAACUGACUUUUCCUUAAGUGUGCACCGCAGCAUCUCAGGAAAAUUGGGACAUUCUUUUCACAAUUUGGAGAUUUGUGAUCUUUUUUUUUUUCUCCUUCAAACCUGAAUAUACUUUAUUGAAUCAGCACGUCAUCAAUGUGCCUCAACACAACUGUGCGUGUAACAGACUUGGCGUGUGUGUGUGUGUGUGUGCGUGCGUGCGUGUCUGUGCGCAUGCAUGCGUAUGUCUUGAUGGUUUCUGAGCUGAUGCAAAUAGACAAGAACGAAGGAGUCGUCAGUUUCCAAGUGCA